UUGACCGGCACGUUGAAUCAUAUUAAAGACAUGAACACCAAGGAAAGAGAAGUUAAAAAAAAUCCAGAGGAAUCUUCAAACAUAUUGAGUAAACUGUUUUUCUGGUGGACACUACCGAUUUUCUGGAAGGGUGCGAAGAGCAAUUUGCAGAUAACUGAUCUACCCGAUCCCCCGAAGUCCGAUGAGUCUGAAAGCAUCGGUAACAGGCUCGAAAGAGAAUGGAGGAAGGAGUUGAAGAGAUCGAGCAAGAACUCGGAGAAGCAGCCAAGCCUGGCUCGAGCACUGUUCCGAGCAUUUUGGGUCCCUUUGGCGCUGCAAGGAGCAGCCGUAUUCUUCAAAGAGAUGGUGAUUCGUUUGAUUGUGCCAGUACUUCAGGGAUGGGUUAUCAGUUACUUUAAUCCCGGACAAAAAUCGAUGGAUCGUCAAGAGGCCCUGAUGUACGCUGGUCUAAUGAUCUUCCUAUCUUUGGUCAACGUUCUGAUCGAUCACCACUACUUUGCGCGAUCCUAUGAAAUGGGAAUGCGAUUGCGAGUUGCGUGUUCCUCCCUAAUAUACCGCAAGAUUCUACGCCUGAAUCAGUCUGCAUUCGGAAGGACCGCUGUAGGCCAAAUCUCGAAUCUGAUAAGUAACGAUGUCGCCCGCUUUGACGUCAACUUGCCACAUCUUAACUUCAUCUGGAUCACGCCAUUUCAGGUAUUGCUGCUGGGAUACACGAUGUGGCAAUUCGUUGGUUGGGCUGCCCUGGUGGGGAUCGGCGUAAUGGUCAUGCAGACGAUGCCUGUUCAAGGGUACCUAAGUCACAUUGUUGGUAUGUUGAGGGCCAAAAUUGCUGUCAAAACAGACGAAAGGGUGCAGCUGAUGAGUGAGCUCGUUUCUGGAAUACAGGUGAUGAAAAUGUACUGCUGGGAAAAACCCUUCCAAACAUUGGUGGCUAAAAUUAGAGGGUUUGAAAUGAAGCUGAUCGGUUAUACGGUGUACUUGAAUGGAAUAUUCAUGGGCAUUGCGGUGUUCUCUGAUAGACUAGCACUAUUCAUAACGCUCGUCACCUUUGUACUAAGUGGCAAUACCCUGAACGCUAAACUCACCUACACGGUAGCUCCUCUCUUUAAUAUUCUUCAACUGGCUUGCGCUUUUCGACUUCCUUUCGGUCUUAUCAUGAUAGAAGAGAUUCGCGUGACAUUGGAAAGAAUUACGAAAUUUUUACUAUUGGAUGAAGUGGAUACUUUAAAGGAAUCUGAAUCCCCGGUGAAGAAUGGCAGGCAGGUUGUCGAAAAGUAUGCAAUCAGUGAAACAUGUCUACAAAAUGGGAAUGGGACCGAAAUGGAAUCUCUUCUGCCCAAAAAAAUUGGACAUUUAGAAAGCAGUGGUAAACUGAUUGUAGAAAAGACUAAAGCAGGUGAACAAAUUGAACGUGGUGUUGGGAUCGAAAUGGUGAACGUCGCCGCAAACUGGGUCCAUGAUCAGCUGCCACCUACUUUGUACGAAAUAUCAAUGAAAAUAAAACGUCAGUCACUUUCAGUGCUUGUAGGGCCUGUAGGCUCAGGAAAAUCAUCUUUGCUCCAUCUUUUACUCGGCGAGUUAUCAGUCGGAUAUGGAAGAGUGUCGUUAUUUGCUGGCGAAAGCAGUGAGAAAACUGAAAUCGGUAGACGGGAAAUUCGAAUCUCUUACGCAAGUCAGAAUCCUUGGAUAUUUCCCGCCACCAUUCGCGACAAUAUCAUUUUUGGACAGUCGUUCGAAAAGGAGAGAUACCAAAAGGUGACACAAGCUUGCGCACUCGUCAAAGACUUCGCUCAGCUGCCCCACGGCGAUUUGACCUUCGUUGGAGAGAGAGGAGCAUCGUUAUCAGGAGGUCAGAGAGCUCGAGUCAAUCUGGCCAGAGCCCUUUACAGAGAAGCUGAUCUAUACUUGCUCGACGAUCCUUUAAGCGGAGUUGACUCUCGCGUGGGUAAUCACUUGUUCAAAGAGUGCAUCCAAAAGUUUCUGAAAAACAAAACCCGAAUUCUAGUGACUCAUCAAUUGCAAUAUCUUCGGCAAGCUGACGCUGUCAUAGUUCUGAAUCGCGGCACCGUCAAGUGCCAGGGAACAUACGAGGAGCUUGCUCAGACAAAUCCCGAUGUCCUGACUUCGAAGCACUUGGAGGAAUCCGACGAAGCUAAAGAAUCCACAAACACUGAUGAGGAGAACAUGGAAGACAAGGACAUCACUGCAUCUGCGAAUGAUCAAGCUACGGAACUUUCUGAGAGCAAAGAGAAAUUUGAAGAUGUGGAAGAGGAGGAAAUUGCGACAGGAAGAAUAACGAGCAAAGUGUAUAAACGAUACUUCUUGGCAGGUAGUAAUCUAUGCUCAUUGAUGCUUAUAAUAGCAACAAUUAUAAUUGGCCAAGUGACCACAAACACAACUGAUUACUGGUUGAUUUACUGGACAAACCAGGAUAGUUUAAAAGGUGUUGCCGAUAAUGCAAGCUGCUCGAACCACACCUGGCAUGAUCAAGAUGAUCAAGAGUCACAGUGGUUUGACGAAUGCGGAUUUCUGCGUAGAAACGUCGCGAUUUAUGUCCACACAACCAUAAUUGUUACCUGCAUUUUCUUCCUCAUACUAAGCAGGGUUCUCUGGGUCAGAGUGUGCAUGAACGCCAGUCGCAACAUACACAAUCAUAUGUUCGAGAACCUUCUGCGGGCACCCAUGAGAUUCUUCAACGCCAAUCCGUCUGGUAGGAUUUUGAACCGAAUUUCGAAGGAUGUAGGCACAAUGGAUGAGCGAGUUCCUAGAACCAUGAUUGAUGUGUUUCAAGUUUUUACUACUAUGAUGGGUGUCUUUGUUAUGGUAGCCAUCAUUAUGCCGUGGAGUAUAAUACCUGUGUUAAUAUUAGGAGUAGCUUUCUAUUUCAUCAGGAUCUACUAUCUCAGAACAUAUCGGCAAAUGAAGCGACUUGAAGGGAUAGUGAAAAGUCCGGUCUUUACUCACAUCAACUACACUCUAGACGGACUAACGACCAUUCGAAGUGGAGGUCCGAUGGUAGAAAACAUGCUGCGUAAAGAAUUUGACCACGUUCAAAACGUGCACUCAAGUGCCUGGUAUCUCACCAUUAUCACAUCUUCUGCUUUUGGCCUAUUCCUCGAUCUCAUUUCUACCGGCUAUACUGCGUUCAUUUGUUUCGCCUUCAUCCUGUUAGAUGACGGAAAUAUUCUCGGAGGGUCUGUUGGCUUGGCCAUUACCCAAAGUCUUAUUCUGAACGGAAUGGUUCAGUGGGGAAUGAGACAGAGUACGGAACUAGUCUCGCAGAUGAUCUCAGUCGAGAGACUACUUCAAUAUACGGAUAUAACGAAGGAGGGACCUUUCACGACUGACAAGCCUCCUCCGUCCACUUGGCCUUCUAAUGGUGGUUUGGUCUUCAAGGGUGUUUCUAUGAAAUAUGCUGAAGACAAGCCGCCGGUCUUAAAGGAUCUGAAUGUGACGAUCAAGGCUGGCUGGAAGAUUGGGAUAGUCGGAAGAACUGGUGCAGGGAAAUCUUCACUUGUCUCAGCGCUCUUCCGUUUGAUCGGAGAUGGACUGGACGGCGAAAUACUUUUGGACGGAAUAAAUACGAAAUCAAUAGGACUGCAGGAGCUGCGUCCCCACAUCUCAAUCAUCCCUCAGGAGCCAAUAUUGUUCUCGGCAAGUCUUCGCUACAAUUUGGAUCCGUUGAAUAAAUAUUCGGACGCCGAGCUGUGGGACAGUCUUCGAGAAGUGGAACUUGGAGAUACGGUGCAAUCUCUUGAUUUCAAAGUUACUGAGGGUGGAUCUAACUUCAGUGUUGGACAACGCCAGCUUAUUUGUUUAGCCAGAGCAAUCCUCCGAAAUAAUCAGCUGCUUAUACUCGACGAAGCAACGGCCAACAUUGACCACAACACUGACGCGCUCAUUCAAAAUACCAUAAAACGGAAAUUCGCCGAUUGCACGGUCCUGACGAUAGCGCAUCGAUUGAACACGGUCAUGGACAGUGACAGAGUUUUGGUUAUGGAGGAUGGCUGUAUUGUUGAAUUUGGCCCUCCGCAUCUACUGUUGAAAAAUCCCAACGGUCAGUUUUUCCAAUUGCUCCAACAAACAGGAACGGUGACAGCGGCUAAACUUUCCCGAACGGCCGAAAGGUCGUAUCUUAAAAUCUCCGAGUAUAAGGAAGAUUAAACAUCGGAAUUGUUUCAUUUUUUGCAUUCCAAUUCAUCGCAUAUUAACCACAUUAUGAUUU